AUGCCAACCACAGACUUCCGCAUGGAUUUACGGGAUGCCUCCACCCCACAACGAUUUACGCACCUGAGCAGAGUCCAGCCUGGAGACUACGAUGGCUCCAUAUCUUUUGAUUUCCAUGACUCCGAUUCAGGAACCAAUAUUGAAUUUCAAGUUGUGGUAUCAGACCCUUCCGACUACCCCACAGAUCACAGCUUCGUGGUCUUUGCAUCAUCCGACAAUGUCGCUCCACAAAUUACAACCGGCUUGGAAAAGGCACAGGAUAAGGGUACCUUCACUGGCGUUUCCAUUCACGAUGUCCUGACCACCGUCGAUUGUAUGGUGCAUAAUGCACUUCGCGACCCGAAGCCCCAGUCACCUGGAGGACCAGAUUAUGACGAUGAUUCCGAUGGAAGUGACGGAAUCAUAGAUGAGUACGAGGAAUUUUCUGACGAUGCAACCUUCAACCUGCCUUCCCGACAGAUGCUCACACUUGCGCUCCCCCAGAAGCUUCGGUAUGACCUUCGUCUUGCCAAGGCAGCGGGAUUCAAGGUUGGCUGUCUGGGAGACGUGACGGGGCCUAUUAUUUUGUCCAUCGCUCGUCGCAUAUCCAAGCUGGACAUCUCAGAAGAGGCCAUGCAGGCAUGGACUGUGGAGCCCUCGGAGUACCUGGUGCUCUUGAUCCAGUAUUCAAACGGAUAUCAGGAUAUGCAAGGCAUCUUCGACAUGAAAGAAUCUGCGGCCCCUUGGGUUCGAAUGCGCAUUGGGCUUUGCGACUCUUACAAACCUUCAUCUUUCCAGGCUGCCCUCCUUGCUUUUCAAGCACCUCCCACAUCAUCGAUAACUGAAGUGGAUAAUAAGCCCCCCGACACAAAGUCAAUGGCCAGCCUCAGACCGGUGUUCAUCGGGUCAUCACUCAACAAACUUUUGAAUGAACGACUACUGGGAAUCAUUACAGCCCGCAAGAAGCUCAAUCUUUCAUGGACAGGCGCAGAGUUUUUUGUUCACGCCAAUCAAGGAAAGGUCAUCAGUGCGGAAGAUGCAGACAACCCUCAAUUUUACAUACAAGAUACCUGGGUCUCGCCCCCUUCAAGUGCCCUAGUCUCAGAUCAUUACCAGGAUAUGGGACUAGACAUGACCAGGACUUCUUUCCCCCUAGUUGCCAUGCAAUUCACUCUUCGCCACUUCAUCAGGUGCGCAGAGUUUUGUCUUAUAUGUCAUUGCAAGACCUUCGAUGGCUUCGAGGUUCUGAAGCCAUAUGUCUGCUCCAAUGGAUUGUGCCUCUAUCAAUACAUCACCUUUGGCAUGGGCUCCAGUGUGGAACACGAUAUUCGGACACAGCCCUUUGUCGUCGAUCUUCUCGUGUCUUUGGCUUACGCCAGAGCAAAGACGGGUCUUCUUGAGGAUUUCCCAACCGGUUUAGGGAUCCUGGUCCCCGACGAGGAAAAAGUGACAUCAGGAAAAAAGGGGGCGAAACUCUCUGAACCUCCCAGCUACCACACUGGCCGCUUGAUCAAAUCCUCAAUGACUGUGUUUUGCCAAGCAGCUGGAAUCACAGCUGGUGACUGGAUCCAGGUCAUCCAUAGUACGCACUCCCUGACGGCCAGUUGGCACUGUCAGGUGCAAGAUGUCGAUGAGGGCCUCGCUUUCAUUACUCUGUCACAGCCAAUCCCCACGGCAUCCCAAGUUUUACUCCACAGCACGUUGCCUGAGGCCCAGGAUGUGAGUUUUGUGUGUUAUGAUCAGAAAUUCGAUAACAUGAAACCUCAAAAGAAGCAGGCCGUCAUGCUGAAGAUACUGGACACACUGCCAAGCAUACAAUUGAUGGAGCUGUUCCUCGGAUCCUCGGAUUCUGAAAAGGUCCUCUCAUCUUGGCGUGAGCGAAUAACUCCUGCCGCGCUUGACAUGCUACGGUGGAUUGUUGCCUCUAAUCGAUCAUGUAUUCUCCAAGACCACAACGAUAGAAAUCAUCUGGUCAGUAAUAUGCCGGGUUACAUGCAAUUUCGACUUGUCCAAGGUGCCCCAGAUAAAGAACAGCGCUUUAUCAACGCCAUCGAGUCAGUAGCAAUGACCAAAAACCCAAGCAAUCCGACAUUAUUUGCAUGGCAUGGCAGCCCCAUCGCUAAUUGGCACAGCAUAUUGCGAAAAGGGCUCAAUUUCGAUAAAAUCAGCAAUGGCCGAGCAUGCGGGAACGGAGUGUAUUUUUCAAGGCAUUUCACCACUUCAGUGGGCUAUACUAACAAUCUUACUUUUCACCAUCAAACUGGGGAUAGGGUUGUUUCCGAAUGGCCCCACAGCAGACUGAAAAUGCAAAGUGUGCUGUCCCUGAAUGAGAUAAUCAACCGCCCAACGGACUUUGUCUCUCAAAGCCCGCACUUCGUUGUCGACCAUCUGGACUGGAUCCAACCAAGAUAUCUUUUCGUGGGAAACCGUGGAUCCGUGGGUCCUAAUCUGCCCACUGUUCAGACAUCUGAUUUCGUGCCGUUCUACAGCCAGGAUCCCAAAUACCCAGCAAUUGGCUCCAACGGCAAGUCUGUCAGGAUACCUCUUUCAGCAGUCAGCAGCCAACGACGUCAAAUUUUUGGUACUCGGUCCCCGGUGUCAUCACUCAACUCACCAGCUCGAAUUCGGAAAGAGUCCUCCGAAACCGCCACGUCCUCCGAGUCGACAGAUACUAACACCUCUAAGAUAAACAAUGACGAUUGUGCUAGUGUUUCAACAGCAACGGAUGAUCUCAAUCUAUUAAUAUCCGACUCUGGGACAGAGGAUGGCAUCACUGGAGCCACGGUCGAUACGGAAAUCGCGGUCGAAACUAAGACCAUUGAGGAAAUUCCAUCUGAAAGGAAUUUGCAGAUGGCCACACCUCCCACACAUACAGCCCUCGAGACCGACUUUGUGUCAGGAACUCUGCAGGCGAACCGCCUCCCGAUCAUUGCACCACCCCGGUAUGCAACAACGACUGCUACAAAGUUACUCCAACAGCAUCUUCAAACCACGCUAAAAGUCCAGAAAAAGGAGGCACCUGCAGAACUCGGAUGGUGUCUUGACCCUAAUCUCAUUUCAACGGUAUAUCAGUGGAUCGUCGAGUUGCAUAGCUUUGACUCUGCCUUGCCUUUGGCUCAAGAUCUCAAGGCAGCAAAGCUCAAUAGUGUUGUCCUUGAGCUACGGUUCCCAAAUGACUUUCCCAUGAACCCGCCGUUUGUUCGAGUCAUUCGGCCUCGUUUUCUGGAGUUUGCAGCCGGUGGAGGGGGUCAUGUUACUGCCGGAGGGGCCAUAUGCAUGGAGCUGCUAUCCAACUCGGGCUGGUCUCCAGUUACUUCCAUCGAGAGUGUUCUGCUGCAAGUUCGUUUGGCUCUCAGCACCACAGAGCCACGGCCAGCACGAUUGGCCAGAUGUUCCCGAAGGGAUUAUGGAAUUGGCGAAGCAGUGGCGGCAUUCAGAAGGGCUUGCUUGUCUCACGGAUGGCGAGUUCCCAAUGAUUUGGAGCUCAUCACGGGUUGA